AUGUUUAAGGUUUACUGUGACAUGACUUCGAAUGGUGGUGGAUGGACUUUGGUAGCGAGUGUGCAUGAAUCAAAUAUUUCAGUGAAAUGCGGAUUUGAUGAUCUGUGGUCAAGAUAUGGUCUGAUAAAGGAAAUGGCAUAUCCAGAUAAAACCAACUGGGAAGCUGAUUACACCUUUGGAAAUCUUUUCAAAUGUACAUCAAGCGACUACAAAAAUGAUGCAUAUCAUAAUAUGCAGGCCGAGAACAUCAUGAUUUGGCACGUUCCUUCUGAAUUAUCGUUGACUGCAAUGAAGCAAGAAGCCUAUCUUCGUUAUAGAACAACCAAUAAGUUUAUGAAAAAUUACGGUGGAAAUUUGAAGAAUCUAUAUGAAAAGCAUUUCCCGUUGAAGUCCAAAAUAUUGGAAAGUCCAGCUGAUGAUGUUCUCGAUGCUUUGGUGAAAAAUGCCUGGAAAAUUAGAAGGCAAAUACCAGAUUGGUACGACUACACUUAUGGGGACAAUCCUUCUCAAAUAAAAGAUAGAAAAAUGUACUCGUCAUAUGGAAAUCAGGUAUCCGCUACUGGCUGUGGAACGGUUAAUUACGGACAAAUGAAAAGUUACGAGGACUCUUUUUGCGGUUCUAGAAUGAUAAAGCCUUUCUUGUUUGUUAACGUUAUUUCUAACGAAAGGCGGGGGUAUGGAACCAUUUCCACUCUGAAUUGGGGAUCGGUCGAGCCAUCAAAAUUUGAACGAACAUAUCAACGCAAUCCAUCAACCACUAGACAAAACAAAUAUCAAAUAGACGGUUACCCCUCAAAUGUCGUUAUGGGAUACAUUCUUUUAGCAAGGGAUAACGGGAAAAACAUAUCGUUAGAGCAUACGGAUCAAGUUGCUAAUAUUGUCAUGGAAUCAAUAAUGACAGUACCGAAAUUAUUUAAUGGAGACAGGCCAACAAAGAUUAUAAAUGUCCUAUACGCAAGAGCUUCAAAAAUUAGAUCGGUAAUCCCAAAUUGGUAUAGCUAUUCCUACAGAUCAAAUACUUGGUCUAUAUACGAUGAUAAACUGUACAAUACGUACGGAAAUCAGGUAUUUAUCAGAAGUUCAUUCCGAAGUUUUAAUAUGAAAUAUGGGCAAACUGUACGAAUGGAUGGAACCAGAUCCAUAGUAAAAUCUAAAACUUCUCAACCGUUUAUCAUGAUCAAUGUUAUCUCAAACGAAGACAGAGUGAUCAAAUAUUACUACACGCAAAUCAGUUCAAGACGAAACAACAAUGAAGAUCUAAUCAGCCAAUUGCAGAAUAACAUAACGAAAGGAAAUUACAGACUGCAGUAUAACUUGAUCCAAUUCUGUUACGAAAACCAACCAACUCCGGUUGAAUUUCAUUUCACCGUGUCUAACGUCGCCAAGUGGCGUUCGGUCGAGCCAUCCUUGUUAAAACGCACGUAUUCUUACAGUAGUGGUAUAUACAGAAACAACAGGUUUCAAAUCGACGGUAGCCCCUCCAACAUAAUUAUGGGGUAUUUGCUUCUUACCAGACAAAAUGGAAGCAAUGUAACAAUAACUCAAUCUGACGCUGUUGCAAGCAUUGUAUUGGACGCAAUUAUGUCUGUGGAUGAUCUGUUCAAUGGUAUUAUUUAUUGGUUCUAUGCAACCGUAAUGACUUAA